UAGAAAUUAAGUUAUUGCAGUCGUAAAUUGUGGUAUAUUGUUUCUCUUCCUUCUUCCAUAUUAUAUCUUCAAAACAAAAACUCUCUUUCCUGAUGGAUGGAAGAUUGGCUGAGGCUGCAGCCACAGGAAACGUUGACGAACUUGAAAGGUUGAUGAGAGAAGAGAUGUUGUUGCUGGAUGGUGUGUCCUUGCAUGGGGCUCAAACUCCUCUGCACAUUGCAUCAAUGUGUGGUCACGUUUCCUUCGUCCAAAAGAUGUUGGAACUUAAGAACCAAUUUGCGUAUGAACUCAACCAAGAUGGGUUUAGUCCUAUGCACCUGGCCUCUGCCAAUGGCCAUCUUCAAGUGGUGCUUGAGCUUGUGAAAGUUGACCAUCAGCUGUGUGACAUUGAGGGGAGAGAGGGAAGUCUUCCUCUCCACUGUGCCUCAGUCAAAGGAAGAAUCGAUGUUAUGAAGGCGUUGCUCUCCGCUGCUCCACUCACUGUUCAAAGCAAAACGGUGAGAGGGGAAACUCCGCUUCAUAUUGCUGUAAAAAACAACCACUUUGAUGCAGUUAAGUUGGUGGUGGAACACGCCAAGGGAUUGAAGAUGGAAAGAGCAGUGUUGAAUGACAAAGACAACCAAGCAAAUACCGUCUUGCAUAUCGCUGCGUCAAGGAAGCAAUACCAGAUAGUUGAUUUGUUAUUGGUUGAGGAUGAUGUUGCGAAAGAAGUGAUGGUGGUGAAUCCGGUGAACGAGAGAGGAAUGACCCCUCUGGAUGUUCUUACGUUAUUCCAAAGCGAAGUCGGUGAUUUAGAAAUUUACAGAAGCCUUGUGAAAGCAGGAGCUAAGAGUGGAAAGGACAUUGAGAAUGAAGGUGGUAGAAUAGGGCAAGCAGUAGCACCUUUGGAAAUUGAAAUCGUUCAUGGAAAUGAAGUUCCUCCAACGAACUGCACUAAUGAAGAAUCAUCAAACCUACCUACAAGAACAGGGUACAACUGGCUUGGAGAAGAAGAACUGGAAUUAUUCGAAUACAAACCUAACAGGGAUUCUACAAAUGAUGUGCGUAAUAUACUGCUAACCAUAGCUGCACUUAUGUUGACAGCAACCUAUCAAGCUGUGCUUAGUCCCCCUGGAGGAUUGUGGCAGGAAGACAAGGAUGGCAACACUGCUGGAAAAUCUAUCGUGUCUACCAAAUCAAAACUAGCAUUUUUGUUUUUUAUUCUGGGCAACAGCGUUGGAUAUUAUACCUCUUUCUAUAUGAUCAUGUGGCUAACAUCCGGCUUCCCUCUGCAGUAUCCUCUGCAAUUGUUGCUAUUUUUCAUGUCAUUCAACUACACUGUAUCCAUGCUUUUCCUCGUAAGUGGUGACAAUAUUUACUAUAUGUUAGCAUGGCUAGCUAUAUCGUUCGGCUGGUUCGCACCGUUUGUUCUUCCGAAACUGCUGAGGAGACUGCGUUUCCUACUACAAAACUGACCAAAUCUUACUCAUUUCCAUGCUCCUUUUGCUUCACUUUUAUAGUUGGAUUACUUUCAUAUAUCCAAGACUUAGAUUGCAUAAUUCAAGUUCUAAUGUUAUUCUCUAAUCUUCAUUAGGACUCCAAUACUACCAGAAUAUGGAUUUCUUUGUCUC